UUUUGUCAGUUGGCUUCGCUGUCAAACAGAAAAUGGCAGCAACGAGUGUUGUCGUUCUCGACAGAGGCAACAAUACAACAUGUACCGUAAAUCUUUUCGGUGCUACUGUAGUGUCAUGGAGGGUGAACAACCAAGAGCAAUUAUUUGUUAGCAAACAAGCCGUUUUCGAUGGCAAGAGGGCAAUACGAGGCGGUAUACCAUUCGUUUUUCCUCAAUUCGGGCAAUGGGCCUUCGGACCUCAGCACGGCUUCGCGCGGGUGGCCCGCUGGCACGUCGAGAAGAUGCCCGAGCGACUGCCCAGCGGCGACGUGGAAGCUGUCUUCAGCCUUAUGGACGAUGAGUUCACCAGGUCGAUGUGGCACUUUCAGUUUCGGCUGACGUACCGGCUGAUCUUGCGUGAGAAGGAGCUCCACUUCAACAUCGGCGUGUACAACCCGAGCAAGGAGUUGACGUUCAGUUGUCAGUUGCUGCUCCACACUUACUUCAAGGUGCCCGAUGUACGCCGCUGCCAGAUCACCGGCAUGCACGGCUGCAUGUUCAUUGACAAGACGCGGGAAGGUGCCGUGUACCAGGAGACCCGCGAGGUGGUCACGGUCGGCGAGUGGACGGACCGCAUCUACCAGAACACGAUGCAGGAGCACAUCAUAACGAACGUUGUCAGCGGGCGGAAGAUGCGGAUACAGAAGUACAACUUCCCCGAUACAGUGAUCUGGAACCCGUGGUCGGAGUACGCGAAGGAGAUCCCGGACUUCGGUGACGACGAGUUCCCCAACAUGGUGUGCGUGGAGGCCGGGCGGGUGGCCGCGCCCAUCGUGUUGCUCCCCGGCACCGCGUUCGAAGCCAGCCAGAUCCUCCAGGUAAUGUAGACGGAUGGCGCCGGAGUUCACAUGUAGCCGUCCACACGAGCGAAGUCAAUUCACGAGGAACGUACGUAACAAUGAGACAAUAUAGUAUAAUAUGUAUGGAUGAGGCGGGGCGCUGCGGUCGCCAGCUCGGCUAUACUGGUUUAUAACAAUUAUAAUCUAAGGUUAAGUUUUAUUCGAUUUUUGCUAGAGAGAUAGAAAGGAUUUAAAAAAAAAGCCUGUAAAAGUUGUAUGGGAAACACUAAAAAAAAAUUACAUCAUACAUUUUGGCGCAGCACGUAAUGUAAUACGAAUAAAACGCAACCGUCACGCGGGUUCGAUGACCUCGAAGCAUAGAGCGUUCGUCGGCUGGUUUUUAAAUUAAUUAAUGUUUUAUGUCAAGGAAGUCCAUUAUUUUUCGUCUUCGGAAAAUAGCUACUACCGUUUCUAAAAUACUUCUACUGUACAAUCUCUAAAAUUCAAUUUUUUUCUUCGGUUUCAUUUCAUGCGGCGUCUUUAAAAAUUUUGUAAAACUAUUAAAUUGCAAACAAAAUCGAGUUACUUGUAUCAAAUAGGUAACUUGAAUACGCUAUAUAUUUUUUAAAUUUAAAACGUUAUAAAAGUUAAUAAAUGAAUUUCGAAAUCUGUUGUACGUUAAGUUAAUGUUAAGUUUAAAUUUUCUUUGUGUUUAAAUUGUGCGCGUUAGACCGAGUUCACACGGUAUUGUCCUGCACGUUUGUUUGCAGUAUACGUCUUAACGAAUGAAUAGUGGCACAUACAUUGUACAUAGAACCAUGCACAUGUUGUUUGUACUGCAAAAAAUCGUACACCGCUUAUGCGUUUAAACGAAUACUCAACGGACUUGUCAAGAAAAUCGAAUGAACUUUAACGUUGGAGUGACGAAUAGUAUAGCUCUAUCUCUUUCACACGUUCGUUUUUACACGAAUGAAAAUCUACCGUAUGAACACCCGAGUGAUUGUACGUUAAAAUAACGAAUACAAAAAAAACGUGCAGGACAAUGCCGUGUGAACACAGCCUUAGGUUUCCAAACGUAGAACUUUGUACUGCAGGCCCUUACAGAUGGCGCGCCGGUUUACUGGCCCACAAAAUUUCAGUUUGACGAAUGAAUUUUAUAAGAGCAUUCGUUGCUGUGUUACUUGGUGGUUCCUAAGAUUAGCAUGACUCGUAGAGGCCUACAAAUUUUAUCAUAUUAAAAUACAGUUUACGCCUGUCCGGGUAGGUGCAACCAUCUCGACUAUUCCUAAAGCCGCUUUCAGA